GGUGAAUGAAUUUGCUUAGGCAGCACAUAUAAACCAGUUAAGCUGAUUUAUGAUUAAGGAUGCCACUGCGGUCAAUCCAGGGCAUAAAGUACUUAUCCUGGAGGCAGUACCAGGGUCUGAAAUCGGGAGGGAGAACGCUGUGGUCAAGGUUCGACUCUGCGCCCUAUACUUGUCUUCUGUCUUCUCUCUCUUUUUUUCCCCGAUUACUAGUAAGACCGAUGCGAAACCUUACAAGUCGCGAAUGUCACGGUCUGUUUCUCAAAGUGUAUCCACGCUCCAUUGCAACCCAGCCAUGAACCAUUCGUCACAUCUACCACUCCGUGCCCAAUCUCAGAAACACGGCUUCAGUCAUCCACGUCCCCCAAACCAACCCCCGCCGCCCCGCAUUCAAUUACUUCCUCUCCAAAUACCGCGACAUUCGCCUCUUAUCCCUUCAGAUCAACCCCCGAGUCCUUCGGCUCUAGCCACGAGCGGGGGUCGGGGUUCAGUAAGGAGGACUGGACGGAUCGACUGAUGAACCCACUAGCGCAUUUAUAUGUGGCAGUGGCUUCGACGGACGAGCAACUGUCAGAGUUCGACAGUGAUGGCGAUUCACGGGCAGAUGUGGAGCUACGGCGACUGAUAUCGGGACAAUGGGUCGGGAUGACUGUCUUGAUCGGGCCGGUUGCUAAGACAGAAGGGGAGGUGAAUACAAUGAUUCCACCGGAUGUGGAUUGUGAUCCAUCGAAGGCAGCACGUCCUUCGACUGUGGACUUCGUCAUUAACGGGUG